ACAGGUUAUUAUAUGAAAAAAUAAAAAGAAAUUUAAAAAUUCAUGGUUUGAUUCCUUGGUUUGUACCAAACUGUUACAAAGGUAAUCAAUGAGCAGUUCAUUUCGUUUUCUAGACAUAAUCAAACAAUCAGGCCAAAUUAAAGGAAUUCCUUUCCUUUCUCCUUCAUUCCCUUUAUGCAUUCCAUUCCGAUUCCUCUGUACGAACCAAACGACCCCUAAAACUUAACCAUCUAGAAAUGAGCCCGAGUUCGAAUUAACCUAAAGUGCGAACCGGAAUGGUACCAAAAAAAACAUAAGAGUACAAAAAAAUAAAUAAAAGGGAUUAAUUCCUCUUCAAAGAGAGAAAAAAAAAACGUCAAAUUUACUCGAAACAACCCGAUUUUCGUUGAUAAACACCGCCUAGUGUAGUCAGGGGUCACCUUAACCGCCUCAUCGUAAACGUAAAAAAUCCGGCGACUUCUCACCGGAGCCCUAGAAAAUUUAUCAAUUCAAUAUCACCCCAAAUCAAAGACUAGGAGAGAGAAAUUGAAAAAUGGGGAAGAAGCAGCAUAGCAAAGAUCGUAUGUACAUUACCAAGACAGAGUGGGCUACUGAAUGGGGAGGUGCCAAGUCCAAAGAUCUUCGUACUCCCUUCAAACGUCUUCCUUUCUAUUGCUGCGCUCUCACAUUUACGCCUUUUGAGAUUCCAACUUGCACUCAGGAUGGCUGCGUUUUUGAAACAAUGCAUAUAAUCCCAUAUAUUAGGAAGUAUGGGAAAAACCCAGUUACUGGAGCUCCACUUAAGCUUGCGGAUCUUAUUCCUCUUGCAUUCCACAAGAAUUCUGAAGGAGAAUUUCAUUGUCCAGUUUUGAACAAGGUUUUCACUGAAUUCACUCACAUAGUUGCUGUGAAGACCACUGGAAAUGUGUUCUGUUAUGAGGCAAUCAAAGAGUUGAAUAUUAAAACAAAGAAUUGGAAGGAGCUGCUAACAGAUGAACCAUUUACCAGAGAUGAUCUCAUAACGAUCCAGAAUCCUAAUGAACUUGAUACCAAAAAAGCUCUAGCUGAAUUUGACCAUGUCAAAAAAGGCUUGAAAAUUGAUGAUGAAGAACUGAAAAAAAUGGAAUCGGAUUCAACAUAUAACAUUAAUGUUAGUGGGGACAUCAAGCAAAUGCUUGCAGAACUUGGAACUGAGAAAGGAAAACAAACAGCAUUGCUUGGAGGAGGCGGAAGCAAGGCACAACAAGAAAGAGCUGCAGCACUCGCUGCUAUUUUAGAUGCAAGAUCACGUAUUGUAGAUGAUUCUAAAUCUAAUGGAAAGACUGAAAACAGACAGGGGUUUAGUGUUGUAGAUGCUGCAUCUGCUUCAGUACACGGAAGAAGUGCUGCUGCUGCAAAAGCUGGCUCAGCUGAUAAAACUGCUGCUCGUAUAGCUUCCCACAUGGCUGGUGAGAGAGCUCCUGUGAAUGCAAAGCUGGUGAAGAGCCGUUACACAACUGGUGCUGCUUCAAGAUCCUUCACGUCGACUUCUUUUGAUCCUGUCACCAAAAAUGAAUAUGAAUACAUCAAAGUUGAGAAAAAUCCCAAGAAAAAAGGAUACAUACAACUGCAUACAUCUCAUGGUGAUUUGAAUAUUGAGUUGCAUUGUGAUAUUGCUCCUAGGACAUGUGAAAAUUUCAUCACUCUUUGUGAGAAAGGAUACUACAAUGGGGUAAUCUUUCACAGAAAUAUAAGGAAUUUUAUGAUUCAAGGAGGUGAUCCAACUGGUACGGGAAAAGGGGGUGAAUCGAUUUGGGGUAAGCCUUUCAAGGAUGAAGUGAACUCAAAGCUGCUUCACUCUGGAAGAGGUGUUGUUAGUAUGGCAAAUAGUGGACCUCACACAAAUGGUUCUCAAUUUUUCAUCAUGUACAAAUCUGCAAAGCAUCUAGACUACAAGCACACUGUAUUUGGAAUGGUAGUUGGUGGCAUGACAACACUUACAACUUUGGAAAAAGUUCCUGUGGAUGAUGCAGAUCGACCUCUGGAAGAGAUUAAAAUAAAUAGGGUAAGUAUUUUUGUCAACCCUUAUGCUGAACCUGAUGAAGAGGAUGAAGAGAAAACCAAAGAAAAUAAGGCUGAGGAUGAAGAAAAUGAAAAGGUGGGAUCCUGGUACAGCAACCCAGGCACUGGUGCAACAGAUUCUGUUGCUCUUGGUGGCGGUGUUGGGAGAUACCUUAAAUCAAAAACUGCCCCAGUCGAACCAGUUAUUGCUGACAUUAGUAUUCCAGCUGCUGGUACUAAGAAAAGGAAAGCAGGCCAAGUAGGUGACUUCAAAGAUUUUUCUGCCUGGUAAAUUAUUUUUACUCUUAUGUCUGUAAUUGUAGUUAUGUAGACCUAUUUGUAACAUACAAACACUUUUAGCAGAAAGAAAAUCACCAAACACAAACAGUUUACUAAUGAUACUUAGGUUGACAUUUUGAUUUGUAUAACCUUAUUCAUGAAAUUAAGCCGCAAUUUGUUGUUUUCUGAUAAGUGGUAGCUAGAAAAGAUUCUGUUCGAUCUAAAAAUUUGUAUGAUCACGAAGACUUUUAGAAA